CGAAGCGGUUUAACAGUCACAUAGUGAAGCGCAGAGUAGUAACUUAACUGCUUACCAAAUAUACUUUUUUAAGUUUACCUAAAAAAAUUAAUCACCAAAAUGGUUCACUGGGUACACUCCUCCGCCCACUCUGGUGUGCCGCAUGACGCUGUCCGCGGCGGUCACGAUUGUGAUGGAUCCCCGAUCUAUGUCGGCCGUGCUUUCCACGACGGCGAGAACCUGCCCGCCAAGGUGAUCCCCAGCAAGGGCUGUGCCUACGUGGCCCACGACGGCGGUGAGCACCAGAAGGGCCACUACGAGAUUCUUGUGGGACAUCACUACUCCUGGGUGCCCAGCUCCAACGGCCAUGUGCCCCACCGGGCUGUGGAGAGUGGACACACGCGAUCGGGUGAGCCCCUGUUCAUAGGCCGAGGUCACCACGCCGGAAGUCUGGUGGUGGGCAAGGUGCACCGAUCCCACGGAUGCCUGUACAUUCCCUUCGGUGGCCAGGAGAUCAAGAUCCACAACUACGAGGUGCUAGUCCACCACUAAAUCAAAGCUGCCAGUUAGAAUUUUCAAUUUCUUUUUAAUUUUUAACUUUUUUUAAUAAAUGAUUAUUUAAUUAUAA